UGCCGGGCGGGUCGCGAGGGUGAAGCGUCCGAGGCGGCGAGGGAGCGGCCCUCAGGCGGUGCUCGGAGUCGUGCUGUCCUAAUGGCGUUCCUGUUCAGGAGAGGCCGGAGGGGCCCCUUCAAGCACAUAGCUCAUGGCCUGGUCCCUGCUGCUACCAUAGCUCCUAAACCUGCAGUUCCCCGCACCCCUCCCCCUCGUAGUCCAAACCCUUCUCCAGAAAGGCCCAGGUCUGCUCUGGCAGCAGCCAUCCUUACAACAACGCUGACCGGGCGUACUGUUGCUAUUCCUCAACCCCGGCAGCGAUCGCUCUCUGAAGGUGAUUCCACCUGCUUGGAGCAAGGAUGUUUUGAACCAUAUGCAACAGUCUCAGAGCUCAGGAUAGGAUCUACCUGGAAACUUGAUGGUAUUGAGAGAUCUCCUGUACAGACCCUGCAAAUAUCAGCCAAUUAUGAUGAAGAUGAGGACAUGGAUACAUAUCUUUCAGAUGCUGAUAAAGAGGCAGAGUCCAGCUGUGAGAGCAGUGAGGAAGGGGAAGGAAGCUUUAGCACCAAUGCUAUUUAUGCUGUUCCCUGCAAAACUAAAAAGGAAGAGUUUCCACCUUUUCCUAUUCCUAAUACUGACAAGAAAGAGGUUUCUUCCCAUGAAACUGAGUGUCAGGUGGUGGUGGAUAAGUCAAGUGUGCAAACAGAAGAAGACCAAAAUCUGGGCUUGAAUUUAAAGGAGGAAAAAUUAAUAGCUGAAAAUCUGAUACAUGACAAACCCCCUCCAUCCCCAGAUGUGUCAGUUCGGGCAAGGCAGGUAUGGGAAAAUAUAAGCAAAGAAAAGUUCAGAGAACUGAAACAAGAAAACUGGUCUCUGAACAAGGCAUACCAAGCUGUGGUGCAACAGUUUGAGGGAACAAAACAACAAUUAGAAGAACAGCAAUUAAAGCUGAAGAAACUGGAAAAAGAAAACAGAAAACUUAAAGAGGCUGCAGAGAACUCACAUAGAGAAGAGGAGGCAGCAGAAUUACUUUCUCUCAGACAACAAGCACAAGAACUGGUAGAUGAAAAUGAUGCUUUGAAAAUGACGGUCCAUCGUUUAAAUGUAGAAUUGAGUCGCUAUCAAACGAAAUUCAGGUCAUUGUCCCAAGAAGAGAUUCCAAAGCUGAAAAGCUUGCCCAUGAAAGGACCACAACCACCUUGGCUGUUGGAUAUGAAGUAUUUGUCACCUCUUCUGUUGGCAUAUGAAGACAGAAUAAGAGAAAAGGAAGAUUUUAUUCUUGAACAUGAGGAGGAUAUGAAGAAUUUCAAAGCACGAGUUGAAGAGUUGGUGAAGGAGAAUGAAGAUCUGCAUGAGCAAUUAAAUAACUUCAUUACCCCUACAGAAUGGCAGCUGCUGCAAACUCAGGCCAAACUGGUCUUGGAAGAAAAUGGAUUGUUGAUGGAACAACUCAAAAUUCAACAAGCUAAAGCAAAAGAUAGUCACAGACAGCAUGUUCAAGAAGCUUCAAAGUUAACCAAACAAAUAGUAGUCUUAGAAGACAAGAAGCAGAGUCAAGAGGAAGAAAUAGCAGAGUACCAGAAGCAGCUGGAAGCUUUGUGUUCUACAUGUGAAGAGCUGAAAGCCAAGCUGGAUAGCAGAAUAACAGCAGAGGAGCACUUGGCUUUGGUGAAUGAAUUAAAGAGCUGUUUACAACAGGAGCAGGAGAAAAAGCGCUGUGAGGUGGAAGCUGCAGUGGGAAAGAUAGCAUCACUGCAAGCUGAAAACAAGAAACUGCUCUUAGAGAAAGAGAACUUCACGGCUGACAAGAAGAUCCUGCAAACUGAGAUGCAAAUGACUCAGAAGACAAACAGACGAUUAAAGAAGAAAAUAGGGCUUUUGCAACUGCAGCUGGAGGAAGCAAUGGAAAAAGAAGUUGCAGCCCAUCACUAUCUAACAAACCUUAUUGGGCUGGUGGAGAAGAUAGCUAAGGAACGUGAUCAUCUUGUGUUUUUGGCCAGAUGUUUGGAAAAGGAGAAUCAUGGUGUUCUCAAGAAAAUUGUAGAAGGCAGUCUACGCCUAGGAAGAUUGGAGGAAAAAGUUAAGAUGUAUAAAAAGAAAGCAGCUGGGAAGCUUGGAGAUAUCAGUCUCAAGAUGACUGAGCAGGAGAAAGAAUUUGAAAGGAAAACUGCUCAGUACGAGCAAGAAAAGAAGCACCUGCAGCAUCUGCUGCAAGACAAACAGGAAACCCUCAAAGAAGUGCUGGAGCAAAACAGGAAAACAGAAGGAGAACUUGAAAUCAUGUGGGAAUCCACAGCCAAAGAAAACAGGAGAAUGAGAGAACUCUUACAUAAAUACCUGAGGAAGGACAACAGGUGGAAUGCUGUCGCAAUUCAUGAACCACAUGCUCAGAAGGACCUAGUUUAUGGACAAGAUUUUAGCUAUUGUGAGGUGAAAACUUCAUCCCCUACUAAAAAUGAAAUUCAGCAAGAAUGUCAGUGAUAAGAAUCUGCAUCCUAUCCAAUAAAGAGAACUUGGUGCCAGAAUUUUACUUUUUCAGCAAAACAAGGUGUAAUAGAACGUUUACUGUCUUCAAUAUUACUGUAUUUUAAGGUCAUCAAAAUGACAACAGCAUAUUCUCUAUUUGUACUGUGAAUAAUGUAAAUCUAGCC